AUGGCAAUGAUUGAAGACGAGAAACUUAUUAGUGCAUUCGAGUGGCAAAACAAGUAUUACAAGGAUAUUAACGAGUUCCUUGAUGAUGCCUAUGUUUUGUUUAAAUUAAAUAUUGAAAAAGCUUUAAGCAAUUAUGGUCCAUUGAAAGUGUAUACAGUGUUAGGCGCGAAAUUUGUAAAAUUAUCGAUUGAUGGUAAAGAAGAAAUGUAUGAUUUAAUGACAUUUAUCGCGAAAACGGAUGAAAUUUUGUUAACAACCCAUUUAGAUGAGUGGUAUAACGUUAAUGUUAAACAAGUGACUUUGAAAAGAAUGGAAGAUUUUCAAGAGAAAGAUUCUAAUUGGAAACUUCAAUCUAUUCAAAGAUUAGAAGUUAACAUUAACAUGUACAACCCCAUGCAUGCAAGUUCUUACAUUGAUUUACCAUCUGCUAUUAAAAGCAAGCAAGCAUGCAUUAAUAUUCACAAUACAGAUAACCAAUGUUUUAAAUGGUCAAUCUUGUCAGCCUUACAUCCAAUUGAAAAACAUUCGGAUCGAGUUGCAAAAUACAGACAGUUUCAGGAUACACUUAACUUUACCGGAAUUGAAUUUCCUGUUGCGCUUAAUAACAUUUCAAAAUUUGAAAUGUUAAACAACAUUUCAGUUAACGUAUAUGGUCUAAUUAAAAGAAGUAACAAAUUUACAGUUUCACCUUUACAUCUUACAUCACAAAAGAGAUUAAAUCACGUUAAUCUAUUACGAAUUGAAGACCAUUACAUCGAUGAAAAUAAAGUUGAGGAAGAAGAAAACGAAAAUAUACUUAUUAUCGCAUUUAACUGGCACUAUGUAUGGAUUAAGGACUUGUCUAAGCUGGUAAGCACACAAUUAUCAAAGCAUAAAACCAAGAAAUACAUUUGUGACCGUUGCUUACAUUAUUUUGGAGAAGAAUUGAAGCUAACUGAACAUGAAGAAAAUUGUAGGAAGAUGAAUGAUACCAGAAUUAGACAACCAGUACCAGGAAAAAAUUUUCUUGAAUUUAAAAACUUUCAAAACAAAGAGCGUGUGCCAUUUAUUAUUUACGCAGAUAGUGAGAGCCUUUUGAUUCCAGCAGAAAGACCACAAGAAGCAAGCAAUACAGAAGUUUUUCAAAAUCACAAAACACUUAGUAUUGGCUAUUACUUAAAAUGUGGUUUUAACGAUUCACUCUCUGUAUAUAAAGCUACUCCAAAAGAUGAAGAUGAUCCGGCUAAAUGGUUUUCAAAGGAAUUAAAGGAUUUGGCUGACAAUGUUGAUGCGCGGUUUAAAAAUCCAGUGCCCAUGGAAGUACUAAGUGCACAGCAGUUGAAAAUCGCACAUGGGGAUGUAAAAGUAAGAGACCAUUGUCAUCUAACAGGGAAGUAUCGUGGAGCAGCUCAUCGCGAUUGUAACAUUAAUUAUCAUGAAUCUCAGGUCAUACCUGUUGUUUUUCAUAAUCUUAGUGGUUACGACGCGCAUUUUAUUAUCAAAGCUAUAGCUACCGACGACGACAAAAUUCAAUUGUUAACGCGAAAAGGAGUUUUUCCUUACGAGUACAUUGACUCGAGGGAAAAACUCGAUGAGACUCAAUUACCACGUAAAGAAAAUUUUUAUAGCACUUUAAACGAUUCAAAUAUUUCCGAUGAAGAUUAUGUACAUGCGCAAAAAGUGUGGAGUGAGUUUAAUUGUAAAAAUCUCGGUGAUUAUGUUUAUUUAUACAUGCCAACUGAUAUAUUGUUACUCGCGGAUAUUUUCGAAAAUUUCCGAAAUCAGUGUUUAUUAGCAUACGGUCUUGAUCCAGCGCAUUAUUAUACAACGCCUGGACUCACAUGGGAUGCUAUGUUAAGGUAUACGAAUAUAAAAUUAGAACUCCUCACAGACAUUGAUAUGGUGAUGUUCAUUGAACGUGGAAUAAGGGGUGGGGUGAGUCAGUGUUGUAAUCGUUACGCUAAAGCGAAUAAUCCUUAUAUGGAACAUUACAAUGAGAAUGAGGAAACAUCUUAUAUCGUAUACUUUGACGCAAACAACUUGUAUGGUUGGGCUAUAAUUCAGUCACUUCCAUAUGGUGGUUUCGAGUGGGUAGAAAAUGUCGAUAAUAAUUUUGAUUUUAACGUUCUUGAUGAUGAUGCACCAAUUGAAUACAUUUUGGAAGUUGACUUAGAUUAUCCCGAUGAACUUCAUGAAAAACAUAGUGAUUUUCCGUUUUGCCUUGAACGCUCGAAGCCACCAGGAUCAAAAGAACAAAAACUUCUAACUACCCUCCUACCUAAACGAAAGCACGUUCUCCAUUACCGUGCUUUAAAACAAGCUAUUGCCAGCGGUCUGUUGAUGAACAACGCAGUAUUCGGUAAAACAAUGGAGAACGUGCGAAAACACGUUGAUAUUAAACUCGUUACAAAGUGGGAGGGUAGAUAUGGAGCUGAAGCUUUAAUCGCAAAGCCUAACUUUUACAGCAGAUCAAUUUUUAAUGAUAAUUUAGUUGCUGUUGAACUUAGAAAAAUGGAGGUUUUAAUGAACAAGCCUCUCUAUGUCGGCUUAGCAGUCUUGGAUGUUUCCAAAACAUUAAUCUACGAUUUUCAUUAUAAUUAUAUCCUUAUUUAUGAAAUUAAAUGCUCAAACAUUUAUGAAGAUAUGAAAGCAGAUAUUCACAUGUUUGAUACUUCAGAUUAUCCGAUUAAUAACGUUUACGGUAUUCCGCAAGCCAACAAAAAAAUUUUAGGACUUAUGAAAGAUGAGUGCUGUGGCAAAAUUGUCACUGAAUUUGUUGGUUUGCGGAGCAAAAUGUACAGCGUCCGGGUUGAAGAGAAAGAUUUCAUAAAGAAGGCCAAAGGUGUAAAAGCUGGAGUUGUUAAGAAAAAUAUUGUUUUUGAUGACUAUGUAUAUUGCCUGCAAAAUAUUGAAAUUCAAUCUAGAAUCCAGUAUUCUAUUAGAUCAAAACUGCAGAAUGUUCAAACAUUAAAACAAACAAAAAUUGCAUUGAGUCCUUAUGACGAUAAGAGAUUAACUUGA